AACUGCUCGUGUUUUCUACGUUUACCAUGGAAACCCCUUCACGGCUGCAGUUUUGUUUACACUCUUGGGGAGCUAACAGCUACGGACAGCUGGGGCUGGGACAUGUGGAUGACCAGUUAGUCCCUCGGCUCUCUGACAACGCAGCACUACAAACAAGACCCAUACGGACUGUAAGUGGCGGUGGGGGGCACUCCGUUGCUAUUACUGAUAGUGGUGAAGUGUUCGUGUGCGGACAGAAUAACAGAGGCCAGCUUGGACUUGGCCACAAAGAAGACAUCCUAACUUUUCAGCUCUGCUCCGUCUUGAAUCAGAGAGUCACAAAUGUAGCUUGUGGUUGGGAUUUUACCCUACUUCUUACUGACUGUGGCAAGCUACUGGCAUGUGGCUCCAAUGCAUUUGGACAGUUGGGUGUUGGACAGAUAGUCACACACACUGCGGACCUGCUGGCUGUUGAGAGUCUGAAGGAACCUAUAGUGAGUGUAGCAGCAGGACUCAGACACUCACUUGCAGUUAGUGACUCAGGCUGUGUGUAUCAGUGGGGAACUGGUCUUCUCAGUCAUGCAAAGCGGGCUCUCAGUCCUCACCCUGUUCCACCACACCUCUGCUCUAAAGUUCCCUGUUUGGUACCAGGUCUUAAUGAAGGGAAACCACACCAGGUAGCCGCAGGCUCAGCUCACUGUGUGUGUCUUACAGAAGAAGGGGAUUUAUUUCUGUGGGGAAACAACAAACAUGGCCAGCUGACCGUGUCAGAGCCCUACCAGUCCUCUCCAGCACUUCUGAGGAGAUCUCUGUUUAAUAAAGAAAAAGUUGUACAUGUGUGGAGUGGCUGGACUCACAUUGUGGCUCAAACAGAGAGUGGCAGAGUUUUCACAUGGGGCAGAGGAGAUUAUGGACAACUGGGCCGACAAGCCUCAGCCAGUCAAAACACAGAGCAGCAGCCAGCAGCGUCUGUAGCUGAAGGCGUUAGCCAAGAUAGGGAGGUUUGUCUUCCUGCAGAAGUUAAAGUCCUUCAUGGAGCCACGCAGAUCGCCUGUGGAUCCGAACAUAACCUCGCUAUAGUUGGCAGGUGUCUCCUCUCAUGGGGCUGGAAUGAACAUGGGAUGUGUGGAGACGGUUCACAGGCUGACGUCUUUCAUCCUCAGUUCAUUUCUGAUCUAAGACCUAUUCUCAUUGGCUGUGGAGCUGGACACUCUAUGGCAGUGUGCACUGUGACAACUGGUUUAAGAAAGACCUCUAACUCCAUCUGAAUAACACUGGAGCAGGGACAUUACUUGACAAUCAAACUUAAAAAAACAAUGAUUCUGAGUGUUACCACAUUACUGUUUCAGUGCCUUGUUGGUACUUUGUAAAAGCCCAUAUACAAUCAUUUUAAGUGCCCUUGACUGUGAAGUAACUUUCACCUUUUAAAAGGUCAGUGAACAGGUCAGUCUUCAUAGUAUCGUGGUGAUAAAUUCUCUGGUGUGCUUAGACACAGCCUGAAUUAUGCUUCCUGUGGCAGAGGCCAUCAUUUCUCUGGCUAGCCUGUCACUUUGAUGAACAUGAUGGAGGAGAUGCCCGUGCUUCUGGCCGCUGAUCCACCUGCCAUGUUAGUCUUCCAUACUGAAGCUGUUGUGGAUCACAUGAAAGAUGGACUGGACUGGUGCUAAAGCUCCAUCUUCCCUUGUCAGGGGUGUUAUUGCUGGGAUCUUGAGUGUCAGGAGGUCAUCAAUCCUUGCACUUAAUCCUGAAAAAUCUCUGUCAUUGUAUGAUUUACCACUUACACAUACAGGUCUGUACCUUUAUUCUUUUUGUAAAAGUCCAUCACAUAUUUAAUGUUCUUGUCAUUUUUUCUCAUAUUCUUUAAUCUUCUGUUUAUCUCAUUUCUCCCACUUUCAUGUCUAUUUAAUCUAUAUUGGGAGAAACUCAUUUGACCCAACUACAUAUUUAGAAGUAGGAGACAUCCGCAGUGCAGCACCCGUGUACCAAGUGCAUCUCUUAAGCCAGUGACAAGGUCAAAGGCAUUAGCAAGAUGCAGAGAGGUUUGUUUCUGCUUUAGGUUUUGUUUGUUUUGUUUGUUUUUCUCUUUUUUUUUUAGUUUUAUUAUUGUGGUUUAUGCAACUCAGAUGUGGAACAUGAGUAAAAGUAUGCAUUAAUGAAAAUUAAAAUGCUUUUACCAGGACUUCUUUGAAAAAAAUUAAAAAAUAAAUCCACACUUGUUGAAAGACGAUUAUUUCUAUGUUUGUUUGUUUUUUAUUUAUUACUAUUUAUUGUACAAGUCGGAACUCUAUUGGUCAAAAAAGACACAAAAAAUCCCUAAACAACAAAACAACCAAUACGAUCACCGAACACCUCAUUGAGAAAACUAACCACAGAAUGCACGGUGUUCAAAACACACACUCUGAAAUCUCACUAAAUGGCACAUUAGUUGCCUCAUUGUUGUGUUGUUGAUUCUGUUCAUAAUAACGGCCGCUGUGUUGUUUGUUUUUUUUUUGUUUAUAAGUUUUGUUUCGAACAAUGACCAGCACCCCGCCCCCCUCAUUUGUGUUCAGCUCUGUUGGCAGACUUAAAUCUGCUGUACCUGACUGCAGGUAGACCUUAACAAGUUGUUGGCAGUGAAAUUGCAGUUGUUUGGUAAAAAGUUGGUCCCUUCUAACUAACUUUUUCACACAAACAAUCAAUCGGUAUUUUCUACUCAGUGGUCAUCCUAUGAGUAUUUUUAUUAGGUAUGCUCAUUGCUUAACCUCAAGAGCUGAUACAUAUGGGGGUCCUUGUUGUUACUGGGUGUUUUUUGGUGCAAAACUGAUGUUUGUUUUCAGUGGCUAGUGACUGAUAACUAAAGUAAAAAGUACAUUAGGUAAUCGUGCUGUGUAUUCCUGAAUGGUAAGAAAACUUAGCAUAACAGAGGCACUUGUCCAGGAUGAUGAUAAUGGUUUGGCAAUAGUUGGUAUUACAUACUAGUUUAUCAAAUUGCAUAUUCGAAGAACAAAAGAAUAAUCCAAUUAUAAAUGAUUGUCAAUUAAAUUAUUACCCUACAACAGAUUAAUUAUUAAUGUUUAAGGUGUGAUGCAACAUAUUUUAUAUGUAAGCUGUCUAUUUUUAUCAAAGC